UGGAGAGCAGUCCUCCAGCCCUGCCUGCCUGCCUGUGCUAAGCAGAGGACAGCCACGAACCUUCCAGGCUUUAGCCUAGAACCACCCAAGGCCCGGAGGCACACUGGCACUAGAACUGAUUUUCCAGGCAAAAUGAACAUUCAGGAGUAUUUUGGAAGAAUAUCUUACAACAAGCCCCAUAAGGAGGCAGACUUGCAAACCCUGACAGCCAUCUUCCAGCAUCACAUCCAGACCAUUCCUUUUGAGAACCUCAGCAUGCACUGCGGGGAGCCCAUUGAACUGGAUCUGCAGGCUACUUACAAUAAGAUUGUGAGAAAGAAGCGUGGUGGAUGGUGCCUGGAAACCAACCACCUCCUCUUCUGGGCCAUGCAAGAAUUAGGGUAUGAUGUCUGUAUUCUUGGUGCAAACAGCUAUGAACCAGCAGAGAAGGGAUACACUGCUCAGCUAAACCAUAUCCUGCUGAAGGUGGUGAUCAAGGGGGAGUCCUACAUUGUAGAUGCUGGGUUUGGUGGUGCCUACCAGAUGUGGCAGCCGCUGAUGCUGAUUUCUGGGAAGGACCAACCCCAGGCUCCUGGCAUUUUCCGCCUCACGGAAGACAAUGGCACCUGGUACUUAGAGAAAGUGAAAAGGAAGCAUUAUAUUCCUGAGCACAGCAAGAAUGACUUCCCUCAUACUCCAGAACUGGGGAAUAUCCGAAAAAUACAUAAAUUUACUCUCGAGCCACGGCAUAUAGAUGACUUCCAGGAGCUAAAUGCAUACCUCCAAGUGUCUCCAGAUAACAUCCUUCGGAAGAAGUCAAUGUGCACUCUCCAAACCACCAAGGGGGUCCUUGCCUUGGUUGGAUGGACCCUCACUGACAUGAAGUACAACUACAAGGAGGACAUGGACCUGGUGAACAUCACAACCCUUACAGAUGAAGAGCUUGAGAAGACACUGAAAGAUAAAUUCAGUAUAGUACUGGAGAACAAACUUGUACCAGUAAAUGUUCGUGGCUUGCCACCUAAUUUAGUGGAUAAGAUCUAACUGUAACACUGUGCUAGAUGGA